UAUGUGUGUGGGAUGUUUUAGCUUUUGAUUCUCCCUUGGCCAUUCAUUCGCUAUUUAUCAGGUGGUAGUGCUUGCUCUGUAAGCACAUAUAUAUAUAUAGAAGACCGGCCACAGAAAUCGGAAGCCGAAAACCCUCCGAAACUCCAUCGGUGGUCUCAGAUGGUCAUCUAUCUUCCUCAGACAUGGAGUUUCGAACCCUAACUGUCAGAGCUGCUCCGAAGCUGAAGCAGCUCUCCUUCUUUCACUUCAGGGGAUUGUUUAAUACAGCCCACGUAUUCCAUUUAAUCGUGGUUCUAUCAUGUGCCCUUUUUUGCCUCGCUACAUGUGAACCAUGUUAUAUGAAUGGGUUGCUAAAGCCAUCAGAAUAUGAUGCUUGUCAGUCCUUUGGUGAUGGUUCAAGUUUGGGGUUUUCGGAUGUUAGUUUGGAGAAUGGGAAUCCAAUGAACUUCGUAAAUGUUGAGAAUGUUUGUGCCAGUUCACAUACAUUCUGUUUUCCUUCAACAUUACCCGGUUUUCCCUCUAAAGGAUGUAAUAAACUUGAAGCAUCUGCUUUGCAUGUUUCUGCAAGUCAGUCUGAUGGUCCAUUAACUGUAGGCUCAGCAGAAGAAACUCGGUCAGAAAGUAAUAAUAGCUGGUCAACAGAUCAUGGUAUGUUUAGGUUAUUUAAUGGAGGGAUUGUUUCUUGUUCUUUGAUCUCCAGAGAGGCUACCAAUGAGUUGUCAUCCAUUCAAGCUGAUAGCGCUUAUCAAAAUGAUCUUUCAUCCUGUAGAGGGCAUUUACUUAAUCAGAAGUCCACAAGUUUUAAGCCAGAUAAGAGCACUGAGAUGACCGCAUCUGUUUCUUCUGAUGGAUCUUCCUUAUGUCAUGUGGAAAUUAGCCCUACUCUUUUGGAUUGGGGACACAAGUACUUGUACUUUCCCUCAGUAGCUUUCUUAACCGUGGAAAAUACAUGCAAUGACAGCAUUUUACAUGUCUAUGAACCAUUCAGUACUGACUCACAGUUCUAUCCCUGUAAUUUUAGUGGGGCCUUGUUAGGACGUGGUGAAGUAGCGUCAAUUUGUUUUGUAUUCUUACCCAGAUGGUUGGGCACAUCCUCAGCUCAUCUCAUUUUGCAGACAAGCUCUGGUGGUUUCUUGGUUCAGGCAAAAGGUUUUGCCAUCGAGUCUCCGUAUGGAAUUCGCCCUUUAUUAGGUUUGGAUGUUUUUUCUGGCGGAAGGUGGAGCAGGAAUUUAUCCUUGUUUAGUUCCUUCGAUGAAACCUUCUAUGUGGAGGAAGUAACUGCAUUGAUAUCAGUUUCUUUAGGGCAUGCUUCUCUUAGCACUGAAACAACUUGUAGCACUAAAAACUAUAAAGAUUCAGAUGUGUUGGAUAUGCCAAAUGUUAAGGAUUGGCUUGUUGUCAAGAGUGAUCAAGGUUUUCCACUGAUGGCAAUUAGGCCCCAUAGGAUCUGGGAGAUUGGUCCCCGCAGCACUGAAACCAUUAUUGAGAUAGACUUCUCAGUUGAAUCAAAGGGAAAAUUUUUUGGUGCAUUUUGUAUGCAGUUGUUGAGGUCUUCACAGGACAAGUCUGAUAUAGUUAUGGUUCCUUUUGAAGCUGAACUUGAUGGCAAAGCAAUAAAUGAUGAUAUUUCAGGCUCUAUUUCAUCAUCUCUUGAGGCUUUAUUUCCAUGUGAUGUUAGUGAGACUUUUGUUGCUAUCUCUAUAAGAAAUAGUGGUCCUUACCUGUUGGCUGUUGUUAAAAUUACUGAACUCUCAGAUAGUGAGGUUUUCCAUAUCAAAUACAUGGAAAACUUGCUACUUUUCCCUGGAACUGAUACACGAGUCGCUGUUGUUACUUGUACUAGUUCAUUAGAGUUUCCACCUGAUGUAUCCAAUAUGUACAAGAACUGUAAAUUAUUAAUACAGACAAAUGACUCAACUGGUUCUCAGAUUGAAAUUCCUUGCAAGGAAAUAUUUCAUAUUUGUUCAAGAAAUUGGAAGGAUUCUUCUGUUGGAUAUAAAAGUCAUCUGCAACAGCGAAAAUCUGGAAAUACAAGGACAGUGCCCAUAGACAGUGGCAUCGUGUCAUCAAAGAUCAAGGCACUGGAGACGGCAGAAGCAGAUGAUUUGGUGCUAGAAAACUGGAAAUCUCAUGGAACAAGAAGAGGCAUGUCUGUGCUUGAUGAUCAUGAGGUAUUGUUCCCAAUGGUUCAGGUUGGAAAUCAUCAAUCUAAGUGGAUUUCUGUUAAGAAUCCCAGUGAACAACCGGUUGUUAUGCAGCUUAUCCUGAACUCAGGUGAGAUUAUUGAUCAGUGCAAGGACACACAUGGUCUAAUACAGCCACCUUCAUCUGGUAGUUUGGUUUAUUAUGAAUCAACUAGACCAAGUAGGUAUGGGUUCUCAAUAGCAGAGAGUGCACUGACAGAGGUUUAUGUUCAACCUUAUGGUAGGGCAUCUCUUGGGCCAAUAUUGUUCCAUCCUUCAAAUCGAUGUUGGUGGAGAAGUUCAGCCCUGAUAAGAAACAAUCUUUCUGGCGUUGAGUGGUUAUCUUUGAGGGGGUAUGGAGGAUCACUUUCUCUACUCUUGUUUGAAGGAUCUGAGCCUGUUCAAAGCAUUGAGUUUAACUUCAGCUUGCCAAUUCCUAUCAAUAUUUCUCCUCCGGAUAUGUUAGUUCAGAUGGAAGGAACCUCUUUUGCCUGUUCGCCUUUACUAUUGAAAGAGUUCUAUGCCAAGAAUACAGGAGACUUGCCACUGGAGGUGAGAAAAAUCAAAGUAUCUGGAAAAGAGUGCGGGUUGGAUGGGUUUAUGGUACACACAUGUAAAGGAUUUGCUAUUGAACCUGGAGAGUUGUCAAAGCUUCUUAUAUCUUACCAGACUGAUUUUUCAGCAGCUACAAUUCAUCGAGAUCUUGAGCUGGCCUUGGCUACUGGUAUUCUUGUAAUACCCAUGAAGGCAAGCCUUCCUAUUUAUGUGCUCAAUAUCUGUAAUAAAUCAGUGUUGUGGAUGCGUAUCAAGAAACACACUUCAGCAAUUAUUCUUGCUGUGUCUUUAAUGUUUCUAAUAUUUUGGUUCAUAUUUCCUCAAGUGUUGGCCUGGUUCUGCUAUGAUUGUUUGUGCAAAAGUCACAAGAAUUCUAUGGCUACCACUGCAAGGAGUACAGGAAAAUGUUCUGGUAUGCUUGACCAUAGAAACUGUAAGUUUUCUAUGUCGGCUGAGAUGGAAAGUUUGAUAAAGAAAUCUUCAAUUCAGGCAUCUGUUGGUAAAUAUACUGGCGGUUGGGUUGGAGCACCAGAGCAAGGAAAUAUUGAACAAUGUGCAAAAGCAACUCCAGAGGAUAAUGGACAUGAGAAUAAUUUUUCACAUUCAGAGAAAGAAAGAAAGUUGCCCUCUGUGCUGUCACAAUCUUUACCUGUUAAGAAUUCUGACAUGCAAGAAACAUCCCAAACUGGUAAUCUCACGAUUAAAACUGAGAAGGAGAAGGGACGAAAGCGGAGGAAGAGAAAGGGUGCUGGUAAUAAGCUUACUGGACUGUUUGAAGUUUCAAGUAGUCAAAGUGGAAAUUCAACACCUUCAUCUCCUUUAUCUCCAGUCACAUCUGUAAUACCCAAACAUAUCUGGCCACAAUCUCUUGAUAUGGACCAAGCUGUUGAAGGUCAGAAUUCAUAUAAUGAAGUGGCCAACCGGCACUGUCAGAAGAGUGAUGCUUCCGAAUCUGUCCCUGAGAAAAAUGUAUCUGAUCCCAAGGUUACUACAAGGUUCCAUGGUACUGAGUCAUUUGUUAACACUAAGGAGCAGCCUUCAGCGCCAAAAAGAACUGUCAGUAAGCCUGUUCUGUUGCCUUCUGCCACUUUUCCUAGCGCUAGUAGGCCAAGCUCAAAUGUGCUGCCAUCUUCCUCUCCUUUGGCUUCAACUUCCUCUAUGGCUCCACAUGCUCGUGCUCCUGGGUCCAAGCUUUAUGACCAGAAAAACAUCCGAGCAGACGAGAAGGAACAGCUUGGGGAUCAAUACACAUAUGAUAUCUGGGGUGACCAUUUCUCUAGACUUCAUUUGAUGGGUAGUUCAAAGGAUCUCAGGUCUCCAUUCUGCAGGGUUUCAGAGAAUGACUCUGAAAGCUUCUUUGUAAAGGGCCCACAAACCCUCAUGAAAAAGUCUCAAUCAAGAUCUGUAAGUUGUUUCCAUCUAGAGGGUUAAUGAAAAAUUACUAAUAAUUUGCUACU